AUGAGUAAGGGCUGCACAAGCCGAAAGAAAUGCAUUGUGAAUAAUUGCGGUCAACCGCAUCACUCACUAUUACACGAUGCUCCGCGCUUGGCCCCAACCGAACCCAAAUCAAUCCUAAAACAACCACAGAAAACAGUCACGCUACCCUUAAACGUAGCGACGCUCUCCGUUGACGACGAUGAAUCAUGCACGGUGCUGCAAAUAGUACCUGUCACCCUUGAAUCGGACGGAAAAACAUUAGAAACGUUUGGAUUCCUCGAUCCGGGAAGCCAAACUACAUUGAUUUUAGAUCGCGCUUCAGAACAGCUCGACCUCGACGGCGAAGAAGACAUGACAAAGCUAGGAACAUUCCAUGGAGAAGACCCGAUCAUCAAAAUGAAGAAAGUAAAAUUCAACAUUCAACCCAGAGACGGAAGCCGAUCGUUUCCUGUAAAAAAGGCUUUCUCCGUUCCCAAACUUAAUGUCAACGCCCAGCAGAUUGAAUGGCCAGUAACAAAGCGUGAAUGGAGCUAUCUUCGAGGCGUGGACAUACCGCACAUUGACACCAACAACGUUACCAUCCUUAUAGGCAGAGACGUUAUGCGCGUCCAUGAUGUACUGGAGCAACGCAGUCCACCCGACGGAACCGAAGCGCCAGACGGAAUCUUAACCCAUUUCGGAUGGAGCAUCGCAGGUCCAGUCCCAGAGUCACUGCUGAAGCGACAAAAUUACCGGCCCAUCUCAGUUGGACAUAUUUCACGUCAACAAUCCGACGAGUUCUUAAAUGAAGCUGUCCAGCGGUUCUGGAAAACGGAAUCGUACGGCGUCGGGCUUUAUCCUCAUCAAAACCUACCACCAGAUGAUCAAAAAGCGUUUCGCAUUCUUCAAGAUACUAUCCGGCAUACCGGCGAGCGCUACGAAGUCGGUUUGAUGUUAAAGAAUCCGGAAUUAAAUCUACCGAACAACGCCGAAGUCGCCUUCAGUCAUUUCGCGUCAUUGGAGCGCCGCUUUAAAAAUGAUCCGGUGUUUGCUAAAAGGUAUGCGGCCGUCGUCAACGAGUACAUCGCGGCCGGCCACGCCAAAUUAGUGGACCCCAACUCUCCUCCAACUCGCGGCCAUGUAUGCUAUCUGCCGCACCAUGGAGUCACAGCGGCAAGCAAGCCCGGAAAAGUUCGGGUAGUUUUCAAUCCGUCGGCGCGCUUCCGUGGCACAUCAUUAAAUGAAGAGCUGUACAAGGGUCCGGAUUUACUUACUUCUCUCAUCGCAGUAUUAUUGCGCUUUCGGCAGCGCCCAUGCGCAAUUUCUGGCGACAUUCAGAAAAUGUACCAUCAGGUGCAAGUGCCGGAACAUCAACAAUCCCUAUUGCGAUUCAUCUGGAGAGAACCGGGCAGUACCGAAGACCCACAAACAUUCCAGAUGACUGUCCACGUCUUCGGAGCUGUCUCCUCACCGACAAGCUGCAUUUAUGCACUGCGACGGACAGCAGAAGAUUUUGGACCCCAACACCCAGGAGUCGCGGAGAAAGUUUUGAAGAACAUAUACGUAGAUAAUUAUCUAGAUUCAGCCGAUACUGAAGCCGAAGCCAUCGCCCAGCGCCAGGAAGUAACCGAUCUUCUCAAGCACGGAGGAUUUAAUAUGGUGCAAUGGAUGUCAUCGUCCCGUCCCGUGUUGGCCUCUGUCAAUCAGGCUGAUCGAGCAAGAGCGCUGGAUAUCAACACCGACCCUUUGCCCGUUGAACGCACCCUCGGUAUCCUUUGGGACUGCCAGCACAACGCUUUUAUGUUUAAUUCCAACACCCGACUCGAUGUCAAAACGAAAAGGCAAGUCCUGCAAGAAAUCGCGUCGAUCUUUGAUCCGUUGGGCUUUCUCGUUCCAAUCGUGAUGGUGGCAAAAAUCCUGAUGCAAGAUAUCUGGCGAUCCGGAGUCGAAUGGGACGAUCCGCUCCCACCGGCACUUCUCGAUGUUUGGAAACGGUGGGUCGCUGACCUGCCCACGAUAUCAACUUUAAAAAUUCCCCGCUGCUUUCGUCGACCUACCCAACCAUCGGAUUACCAACUGCACGUCUUCACUGAUGCUUCGGAAUUAGGAUUUGCUGCUUGUGUAUUUCUUCGCGCGUCAUACGGAGAAUCUCAUUUUGGCCUCACUUUGAUUAUGGCAAAAUCAAGAGUUUCUCCCCUUCGCCAACUUUCGAUUCCACGGUUGGAACUGCAAGGCGCGGUUCUCGGUGCCCAAUUAUGCGCCACCGUCAUCACGGAUCUUGGUCCCAUCGCAUCCGCUGUUUAUUAUUGGUGUGAUUCACAAACAGUGUUACAAUGGAUUCACUCGAAAACGUGCAAAUACCAUGCCUUUGUGGCCCAUCGAGUGACGGACAUUCUGGAUCAAAGCGAAGCGACUCAAUGGCGUCACAUUCCCGGUGAGCUCAAUCCCGCCGACGACGGAUCCCGAGGUGUGUCCGCUGCCUUCUUCACCACCCAACAUCGCUGGUUUCGCGGCCCUGAUUUUUUAUUGAUGCCCGAAACGGCCUGGCCAUCACCGAUGAACAUUGCCGAGCCAGAAAAUGAUGACCCCGAAGUCUCACCCGCUAAAUGGAUUGGUUCCAUUCGAGUUCCUACGCCUCAUCCCAUUUUUUUGGUGAUUCAACGGUUUUCCGAUUUCAUCAAAAUCAAAAGGAUCGUCGCCUGGCAGCUGCGCUUCCUUCGGAAUUAUUCUCUUUCGCUGAAAAAGUGUGUCAUCCCGUUUUCUCGAUGGCUCACAGCUCCAGAACUGCGUGAUGCCCAAACAUUAUUGAUUCGGGUCGACCAGGAGCAUCAUUUUGCAGUAGAGAUCCGUUUUUUACGCAAAGGAAAACCCGUUCCAGUCACCUCCAAGUUGGCCACGUUGACCCCCUUUAUAGACGCGUCCGGAAUCGUUCGGGUGGGCGGCCGGAUUCAGCAUGCUGGUCUCCCUGAAGACACAAAACACCCCAUCGUUUUGUCUUCCGACAGCCAGCUGGCGACAAUGAUUAUUCUCGACCUCCACAAUCGCCUUACUCACGCAAAAAUGGAGCGCUUGUUACAUAAUCUCCGGGCGACGUAUCAUGUCCUGCAGCCACGGGCCACCAUCAAGAGAGUGAUUCGUCCCUGCUUCGAGUGCAAGCGACGCGACAGCCAACCGGUGUGUCCGCUCAUGGGGCCCUCGCCGGCCAGCAGAAUUAAAACACACCAGUGGCCGUUUACCCAUGUCGGAAUCGACUACUUCGGCCCGCUGCAUGUCUCCAUGCUUCGACUCACUCUGAAAACGUACGGAGUCAUGUUUACGUUUCUGGAUUGCCGAGCCGUCCACCUUGAACUUGCUGAUUCCAUGGACCUCGAUUCAUUCAUGAUGGCUUUCUCCCGUUUCACAGACCGUCGCGGAGUCCCCCUUGUCUGUUACAGCGAUAACGGAACUAACCUAGUCGAUGGAGAACAGGAGAUCCGUGAUCCCAUUGCUCAAUGGAAUCCGGAAGCGUUGGCCAAAAAUAUGGCUAACCGAAAUAUCGAAUGGCGUUUCAGCCCUCCCGCUUCCCCUCAUUUUGGUGGAUCUUGGGAACGGAUGAUUAAAUCCGCGAAGCUCGCUAUGCGAAUUGUUUUAAAUGAGCGAGUCGUCACUCAAGAAGUGCUCUCUACCGUCAUGACCGGUGUUGAAGCUUUGUUGAACGCCCGUCCAUUGAACCCGGUGAGCAGUGAUCCCACCGAAGUCGACGCUCUCACCCCAAAUCAUUUUCUCCAUGGACGGCCAAAUAUCCAACUGCACUCCAACUUCGACGCUCAACCGCAGUUGCUCAGUAAGCGGCGGUGGAUGGACGCGCAGGAAAUCGUCAACCACGUUUGGAACCGCUGGAUGCGAGAGUACCUCCCUACUCUAAUUGAACGGACAAAAUGGCUCCGCCCUCGGCGAAACUUGGCUGUCGGAGAUGUUGUCCUCAUGGAGAUACCCAACCCGAAACGAAGCACUUGGCCAAUCGGCCGAAUUGUUCGUGUAGAAGUUGGCGCAGAUGGAGCUGUCCGGUCUGCCGAAGUAGAAGUCACUCGCGCUCUUCCUGGAAAAAAGGGCCGAAAAAAUCCUUCGGACAUCAAGUCGAAAACGACCCGCUACAUCCGGUCAGCACACAAGCUGUGUUUACUCGAGGCGGACGAUCCCAAAGAUGUUUUCACCAAUGAAAACAGGGCCGGCAAUGUGACGGACAGCCCAAUUCUUCCCGCGGGGUCAGAAGCGGUUUCGUCUUAA